AGUAGCUGAGGCUGAGAUUGCUGGAAUUAGUGAUUGCGGUUAGUUGAUGGUGUGUGUUUGGCUGGGGUUUUGAGUUAAAGGUUGGGACUUUCGGCGGUGUUGAAUUGCUGUUAGUGUGAUUAUGACUGUUCAAUCUUCAAAGAAAUUUGUGGUAUUUUGAUGAAAGUGUGGGGAGGAGAUCUAGAUCAUGGUAAAGCUAAAGCGGAAGAGUGAUACGGCAUAUUAUGACGAGCCUAAUGAUAGGACAGCUGCUCCUGAGUACACUGACGUAGUUAAUAGCCCACUUCAAACUCCUGUGCCAGUCAAGGUGGGAAAGGCAAACAAAGCAUCUAGGCUUUCAAAGCUCAAUAGAGCUGGGCCGCAGACUCCUGCUUCCAACGUGGGUUCUCCUUCUGGCGCUAAUCUUACUCCUGCUGGUCCUUGUCGUUAUGACAGCUCCCUAGGUCUCUUAACGAAGAAGUUUAUCAAUCUGAUCAAACAUGCGGAAGAUGGUAUACUAGAUCUCAAUAAAGCUGCUGAUACUUUAGAGGUACAAAAGAGACGGAUAUAUGACAUAACAAAUGUUCUCGAAGGAAUUGGCCUCAUAGAAAAGAAGCUGAAAAAUAGAAUUCAGUGGAAGGGACUUGAGGCCACAAGGACAGGAGACGCAGAUGAAAACUAUGAUGGUUUGAAGGCACAAGUUGAAAACCUAUCUACGGAGGAGGGCAGAUUAGAUGAGCAAAUAAGAGAAAUGCAGGAAAGAUUGAGCAAUCUCAGUGAAGAGGAAAGCAAUAAGAAAUGGCUUUUUGUCACUGAAGAAGACAUCAAGGGCUUACCCUGCUUUCAGAAUGAAACCUUAAUAGCGAUUAAAGCUCCCCACGGCACCACUCUUGAAGUCCCAGAUCCUGAUGAGGCUGUUGACUAUCCCCAAAGGAGAUACAGGAUGGUCCUGCGAAGCAUGAUGGGUCCAAUAGAUGUUUACCUUGUCAGUCAAUUUGAGGAGAAGUUCGAGGAGAUUAAUGGUGCCGAAGAACCUGGAAGUAUCCCCUCAACUUCGGGGUUAUGUGAAAACCCAGCUCCAACAAUUGUCACCGAGGAUACGGGGAAGCAUGUUGAAAUGCAGGGACAAGAAGAUCAUAGAGUUUCCGCUGAUCCCACUGCUUCUCAGGACUUCAUGAGUGGGAUUAUGAAGAUUGUUCCCUCAGAUGUAAAUUGUGAUGCAGAUUACUGGCUUUUAUCGGAUGACGCUAGUGUUAGCAUCACAGACAUAUGGAGAACAGAAACUGGAGUUGAAUGGAAUGAGUUUGGUGCACUUAAUGAAGAUUAUUCCAUGGGUAAUGUCACACCGCGAGCACAAACUCUGCCAUCGAGUGCAACGGAAGUACCUUCUACAGCCAACCCUACUAGGAGUUAAAACCUAGAAAUGAAAGAUUCAUAAUGGAUCUAAUGAAGAUACGCAGACUUGUUUACAGAGAACCUGUGACGCACUACUAUCUUUUUACCGCCAAGGUUGGAUGAAAGGUUUCUGAGAGAUGACUAGAUGUUCCCUGAAGAUCCAUGUGCAGAAAUAGGAAGCUAGAUGGAGGUGGCUAGUUGGUUGUACAGUAAUGUAAUAUAAAUUAUACUCAAUUCAUGUGAUUUAGUGGUAAGGUUAAAAUUGUUCAUGCAUCCCUGUAUAUCAAUAUGUUGUAUCAUAAGUAGGCAAAUGAUCAAGUCUGAUAUCGUCUUAUAGAUAAGUUUCCGUAGCGCAAGUAUCCUAAAAUGGAAAAAGGAAUUAUCUUCCGGCCC